ACCGCAUGCGAAACCAGCCUGGUGCCGUUUCUCUCCGGACCGCCCCAGCCUCAGAUGCGGGGCUCGGGCCACAGACCACUCAGGCGUCCUGCAGGAGGGAGCUGCUGGAGCUUCCGAGAGAGUAGUCCUGAGCCUCAGUGGUUUAGCAUGGAGGAGCAGCCAGCGCAGGAGUCUCUGUCCCGGGACCCCCCAUCCAUCAACACGGGGGACCCAGAGCUCUUCGGCUAUGUGGGGAUUGAAGCGGUGCUGGACCAGAUGCGGAUCAAGACCAUGAAGGCUGGCUUCGAGUUCAACAUCAUGGUUGUAGGGCAGAGCGGCCUUGGCAAGUCCACCAUGGUCAACACGCUCUUCAAGUCCAAGGUCAGCCGGAAAUCCUCGUGUCCUGGCUGCGAGGAGCGGAUCCCCAAGACGGUGCAGCUGCUCUCUGUCACCCACGUUGUUGAAGAGAAGGGAGUGAAGAUGAAGCUGACAGUGACGGACACACCUGGAUUCGGAGAUCAGAUCAACAACCAAAACUGCUGGGACCCAAUCAUUGAGUAUAUCAAUGACCAGUAUGAGCGCUACCUGAGAGAGGAGAUCCUGAUCCACCGCAAACGGAAAAUACCUGACAGCCGCGUGCACGCCUGCGUGUACUUCGUGCCCCCAACUGGUCACUGGUUGCGUCCCUUGGACCUGGAGUUCAUGAGACGGCUCAGCAAGAUCACCAAUGUAGUGCCCGUGAUUGCCAAAGCAGACACCCUGACCCUGGAGGAACGCGCAGAGUUCAAGCAGAGGGUUCAGAAGGACCUGAAGGCCCAUGGGAUCCACGUGUAUCCCCAGGUGGACUUUGACGAUGACCCAGACGACAGGCUUUUGAAUGACAAAAUCCGGGAGAAGAUCCCCUUUGCAGUGGUGGGAGCAGACAAAGAGCACCAGGUGAAUGGGAAGAAAGUCCUGGGCCGCAAGACCAAGUGGGGGAUCAUCGAAGUGGAAAACCCUGCCCACUGCGAGUUUCCAUUGCUGCGGGAUCUCUUAAUCCGGUCCCACCUGCAGGACCUCAAGGACAUCACCCACAACGUGCAUUAUGAGCGGUACCGUGUGCAGCGCCUCAACGAGAGCAACCGGACGAGCAAGGCUGGCGAGCAGCUGGCGCCGAGCUCGGUCAACGGAGAGCCGGAGAGCCACCUCUGAGCGGCAGGGAGAGUGGGGCCUCCCCUGUCCUCCCCAGACUCAGCCCCCCACCCCCCAGUCACUUCUCUGGACUGAUUUCAGUUCCCUCUCCUGAGAUCUGUGGGAGCCGUUUUGAAAGACGUUCCCCACCCUGCCCCACAUCCCUUCCUUGAAUGUAAGUAGCACCCCCUGACCUUGACAUCCCCGCCGGCUGCUUUCCUCCCUCCAUCUUCCUCCUCAGAGAAAAGGAACUGGGUAGAUGGGGGCCCGCCCCUCAUUUCCUGGGGUCUUUAUUGGGCCACUGCCUCACGCCAGGCCUCUGCUUCCCGACCUAGAGGGCGUCUGGCCCCCGAGAGGCCUCCUCCCCACCUGUGCGGGCUUGCCCCCCUGCCAGAGGGAGGAGAUCAGCCCCAGUGUUGGCCAGGCCCUCCCCACCGCCACUGGGCCUUUCCGUGAGUCCCCCGCCACCCCUAAACGCACAGCCAGGCCUCUUCAUUUUCUUGCCGCCCCCUUCCAAACAACCAGCAAGCCCAGGAAAGCCCCUUCUCAUGAGCACUGGCUGGGGGCACAGUGCAGAGCAGAGCGCGUGCAGAGGGCAAGAUGAAGCUCCCGGGCCCUGCGAGCUUGCCCGGUUCCUGUGCCAGACGCUCCCGGGCUGGGCCUGCAGCACCGGAGACGCCCCGCGAGGCCGCGCAGAGGCCCUGCUGGCAACGCAGCGGCUUCCCUGCCCGGCCGGGACCGCUCCAAGGGACUGCCCUCUCCUGCUGGUCAAGCCUGCGGCAGAAGGGGCAUUCCUGCAACACCCCUGCGCAAGGCAGCCCUGCCCCAGAGGACCCUGCGCGGCUUCAGUGGCCAACCAUGGCUGGAGCGAAGCAGCCCCCGCGGCCUCUUGCCCCAGGGAGAGGCAGGGCUGGGGCGUCUCCCCUCUGCUGGCUCCGGCGCAGCAGCACAGGGGAGCUCAGCGUCUCCCAGGAGCCGUCCAGCCGCCAUUCGCGUGUUUCCGUCCUGUCGCAUUUACAUUACUGGACAAAAGCAAAGCUCUGAGGCAUCUUGUAAGUCUCCAGUUAGCACAUUAAAGAGCCAUUUAGAAGGAUUUCUUGGGGUUUUGGCCUGGGUACUUUUACUUCUUCUGGGGAGUAGAGCAGGGGCCCGUUCCCUGUUACACCCAGGGCAGGGGAGGGGGCUUCUGAUAAAGGGAAAGCAUAGCAGCCCGGGAGCCCGAAUGCACGUAAGAACAUUGCCUGCCCCUAUGUCACAAGGCAAACACUCCAGCCCUGAUACCAAAGAAGGUGCCAAGACAGCCAAGGCAGACAAUGGGCCCCUUGUUUUCCCUUCCCGGCACGCCCACAGGUGUGCAGCCUCAUGAUUAGCACCGGGAUGGUGGCACACGCAUCCAUGCGGUGCAGUGGGGGCAGGAGCAACUUUCUCCCAUGCACGGUGGCCUCACUGCAGGUACACACAUGCAGCACUGGCUGCUCUUUAUUCCCGGCAUGAAAACUUUUCCCCGAAGCUCUGCUUCCACAGUGACCUUGGCUGGAAGGAAACACUUGGGGAGUACUGGCAAUGGGACCUGUUAUGUCCUCCUUGCAUUAUACCAUCAUCAUCAUCAUCCAGGGUUUAUUUUCCUUGUGGGGCAUCUGGCAGUACUACAGAAAUAUGAGCAUACAAGUGAACACACAGAGUUACACCAUAGCAGAGGCUACAAAUGUUUUUGAGCACCGAACCCAGGAAUGUUGUGCCAGUGCUUAAUCCAGGUGUGAGCAGGCGGUGGAUCCAGGAGGUUUGGACUUCACAUCCCAGAAGCCUCUGCCAACAUGGCCAAUAGCCAGGCAUGCUGGAAGCUGAAGUCCAAAACAUCUGAAGUCCUUCCUCGGCACACCACUACCUUGCCUCACCUGCACACAGAGACAACCUCUUUCUUGAUGCCUGGGCAAGUUCCACUUUAAAACCUGGACAUUUGCUUCUUGUGUCUAAACUGGCCUGGAGCUUUUGCCUGUUCUGGGUUCAUCCCUUCUGCGAAUUGGGUCCAAUUGCUGGGCGUCAUCCAGGGAGGAGUCUUUUCAUCUAGCUCCUGAGUAUAUAACUGGAAAGAUCCCAAGGAAGUUUGUGCAAGUGUGUUUGUUUCGUUUUUGGGGAAAGGAGGGGAAUCUCUUUUGUCAGUGCAAGCAGCUUGGAAGAGAAAGCAAGAGGGAGGCACAGGCAGGGUGAACAGGAUCUACGGAUGCAAGAAUUAAUGUAAAGCAGAUGAGAUUCCUCUCUGAUUUGGGGUCACCAUGAAACAUUUGCUUUAUGGCUUUGCUGGAUCUGGAACAAAUUAAGUGCAUUCAUAGGCAUGGCGAGAACAAAAGCCUUUCUAUUUAAAAUUACAGGAACAAGAAUAAUCUCUGAUUAUCAGACAGAAAAAUAAAGGUAGCCCACCUGUCCUCCAAGGAGCUCAGGACUGUACACUUGGGUGCUGGCAACCUUUGCAGCCCUGGGUGCAUCUGGCAAUGAGAAAACCCAUCCCGGGCACCAUCACAAGAUGGGAGGCAUGACAAAGGUCAAGUCCGCUGCCCCAAAGGCUGAGACAGUGCAGGUACGAGGCUGGGGCCCAACAUACUCAACUCUUUUGCACCCACAGUUUUCAGCACCACCAGCGCCCCGCCCAAGCAGGUGCCAAGGAAGGUGUCUGGGGCUCCAUCGGUGUCCAUGGGCACCACAUUACCCACUCCUGGUCGACACAGUCCCCUCUUAUUCAUGAGGCUCCUGCGAGGCAGGCUACGCUGAAGGUAGUGACCGUCCCAAGGCGCCCCAUCGGCGUGUUUCAGGGCUGAGUUUGGAUUUGAACCCAGUUCUCCAGAGUCCCAAGUGCUGGGCUCCGUCCAUUGCCCCACACUUUACAAUCUUUGAAAUAUUAAGGGUGAAGUGCAAGGCGCUUACACCCAUCUUUGGACAGUGCCUGCUUUCACUGGCAAUGCCCAGAAUAAUCCCUGUCAACCUGGAUCGGGGGGGUGGGGAUUACGAACCAGAGUGGCGCUUUGCCAAGCAAUUUAAGUGGCUGUUGCUAAUCAAUACAGUCCACAUCAGUUGCCAACAGGCCACAGAAAACCAGGUGCUUUGAGAUGGAAUUGUGCAGGUGAGCAAGCGAUCGAGCAUGAGGGUGUGUAUCUUCCCAAAAAGAGAUGGGUUCAUUGGCUGCCUGUUACACACAUGCACAUGUACAGGUUUAACUCUCUGUAUGCAUCAGUACAUUGUGCUACAAAAUGGGCUCAGACAUUGCCACAAGGACCAUUCCUUCUCACCCCCACUCGUGGUUUUGCAUAUGCCACAGCCUGAGGGGUUUGCCUUUCCCCUUAGUGAUCACUUUUGCAAUCCCUAUGAUGGCCCAGUUGUUUUCUUCCAAACCUUCCUGUUGUCGAUCAAUACAUUACAGUCCAAACUCCAAAGCUAAGACCAUUUUCCUGUGUGGAUGGGCAAAGACAAGGCACACUCAUAACGCACGAUUGCAAUCACAGGCCUUCCUGCAUUUGCCCAGCAGCUUUCCCCAAGGGCCUCUGUCUCACUCCCUGCCUCCCAGUUCAGCAUCACAACCCUGUGGGGUAGAGCAGACUUGAGAGCAAGAGGGUGCAGCUGGCUUAACGUUACCCAGUGAGCUUGGGAGCAGUGUGGGAGGUGACCCCGACUCUUUCCAGGCCUGCUCUGAUACUCUGCCCACUACACCACACUGUCUCUUGCCAAUAGGCACAUGUUGGUACUUGCAGCUUUCUUUCCUUUCCACCACUUGAGUGGCAAAGGGAUCUUAUUUGCAAUGACUGCAACUGGCUAGCCCGACCAGCACUGAUCUCCAAAUGUUUUCAGGGUAAACUUGGGCUUGGGGGAAGCUUAGCUCAUUUUACGUACAUUUUUGUGAAUUUAAAAAUAAAUCUACUUGGAGUGGUUUUACAAUUUCA